AUGGAUGACGGCGCCGCCUUUCACACACUUUAUUGGGCAGCUCAACGCCGCCAUGGUGGCGAGGACCGCCAGGUCGUCAUACUCUUGGACAAUGCGAGCAGCCACGUUAUCAGGAGCGACGCCGCCACAUCGGAAGACCUUUUCGGCUUCCGCACUUGGGGCAUCGGCAACUUCAGGCUUGUCUUUCUGCUGCCCAACACGAUUGCCUUCAUGCAGCCGCUCGACCAGGGGCUGAUCGCAACAACUAAGGCCCGCUACUGUGUGCACUGGCUUCGUGCGGCCACGUCCAAUUGGCAAGAUGCCGGCGCCACACCCGUGAUGGCACGAUACCGCUCGAACAUGCGCAACAUCAUCGCCUGGCUCUCGAACGCUUGGAUGAACAUCCUCGUGCGCACGAUCCAGCGUUGCUGGUGGUACACGGGGUGCAUGCCGUGCUCGUGGGCCAUGCACCUGGCGCAUGUUGGCCUGGACGGCGGCAAUGGCGCGAAUGCCGCUCUCCCCAUCGACCUCGACGAGGACAUCGGGGAUGCCGGCAUCAUGAUCGCCCGUCUUGGCCUAGAUCCUAGCGCUAUGCCGGCCACUACAUUUGUCGUCAUCGACGACAACCAGCCCACGUGCGCUGAGCUGCUUGCCCUUAGCCCGCAGCGGUGUAUUCGGGCGCCAUGGUAUUCCGUCAUAGGAGGCACCCUCCACCGACCCAGAGAGCAGUGA